AUGAGCUCGCAGCCAAAUCUAGACAGUAGCAUUCCUCUGGCCCACUCAGUGGAGCAGGAGCUGGGUAUGUUCACGGAGUCGGGCCUGAAGUUCGGGUCCUUGGCAUGGAAUGAUAUCGCAGUGAACCCCUCAGCAAGCCCUUGGAGCCUCUUUGACUCGGGUCUGUCAGCACACGCUGGGAUGGAACUCUCUGAGUCGUCAGAAAACACAUCGGCCGUUAUCGACUGGACGUCCCUAGGACACGAACCUAGUGACUUCCAACUUUUCCCAUGUGGAGAAAUUGAGAAUAGUAGCCCUAAGAGGCAGAACAGUACAGGGGGCGGCAACAGUGGUGAUGGUAGCAAGGCCAUCAUCGCACAAUUGUCGCAGCUAAUCAUGAGGUUUUCGCGAUUACAUCGGCUGAGUUAUGAGCUAGUCCGAAAAUCGAGUUCCCCAAACGUCAGCAACGACACAAGCCAAGUCCACGACAACAAUACCAUGACCUGCAGAUCUGCACCCGAGUGGCUUGUCCAGAAUCCCUCUAAAGAUGCUCCUUCUGUUCAUCCGCUGACUAAGGAGGAGACGACAAGUAAUCUUCUGUGCCGCGUUUUCUCGGCCUCGCAUACUUUCUUAGAGGCUUUGCACGAGCUACGAACCAAUGCCGGCAUCGACUACAACAUAGUCCUCCGGACCUCGCCCCCAACAUCGCCCGGGACCGGCUCUAAUAGAUCUUCCCCUUUCACCUUAGACACGGCCUUAACGCCAUAUUCAGAAGUUCCAGAUCAUUAUAGCGAUAGCGUUGUUCGACAUUUAACUACUACCUGCUAUACAAUGCUCCUCAACAUCUACGUGGCAGUUCUGAACGCACUGGAAUACGACGCUCGUACCGGCCGCCUUACGAAUGGGGCCAACCCGGGUGACAUGCGCUUAGCUUCAAUCGUCCAACUUUGCUCCUAUCUUCUCGAACGCCAACGCAAAGCUAUGGAUACUUAUUUGUCUGCCCAGAAAACCCAAGAAUCCUGGGGAAAGGUGUGGGAUCCUGGUUACGAGCAGGCACACGGGGCCGCGGAGGAGGAGAUGAGAACCCUAAGUAUGGAAGUUGAACAACGGCUUACGCGACUUCAACAAGCUUUGGGCUUAUGA